CCAACGAAUGUGAUUGCGAGUCACGUGGUCAGAAUCCGGCUGAACCGUCAUUUCGUGACAAUGGCUGCUCCGGUGAAAAAGCGAGAUAUUCAACGAAAUACCGAGGAUAGGAGUAGCGACGACGAUGAUCUGAAUUCAUCUAAUAGCGAAGAUGUUGAGCAAGAUGCGGUAGGCGAACAGGGAAUGGAAAUACAAGUUGACUUUGAAGGGAGAAAUCCAUUAGACCCAGACUACCAUGGAAUUAAGACACUUUUACAACAGUUAUUUUUGAAAGCACAUAUUGACUUAGGUGGUCUCACUGACUUAAUUAUUUCUCAAAACUAUGUGGGCUCAGUUGUUAAACAGUCAGAUGAUAUAGAAGAUUCAGAUGACGAAGAAAACGACAUUAAUGAUGUAUUUGGUGUUACUACAGUAAUUAAUUUAUCCAGUGGACAGAAUCACCUUUGUAUCCAGCAACUCAGAGAACUAUUAACACAAUUAGCCAAUGAACAUGCAACAGAUGCAACUAAUGCAAUGAUAAAACAAGUUCUUGAGAAUGACUCCGAUGCCUUAGGCCUAUUAAUUAAUGAAAGAUUUGUGAACAUUCCAGCACAAAUAUCCGUACCACUUUUAGAAAACUUGACUUCUGAAAUAAAAAGGGCGGCCAGCAAGAAGAUGCCAUUCAACUUUUCCUAUUAUGUACUGAUUUGCAAAUUGUAUAAAACGGAAGACCAAAAGGUCGGGAAGAAAUCAAAAAACAAGAAAAAGGUCAACGCGGAAGAACCGACGAUUCUCUGGAGUAAUCCGGAGGAAGAAAUUUUCGCUGAAGAAGCGACAUUUAGCUUUGAAUUCUCCGUUGAGAAGGAAUCAGACAGUGGUCUAUCUGGCACAUGGACUGAAACAGAUAACGAAAUGGUUCCUUACAGGAGGGUCCUCCUGUUCGAAGCAACCAAAUUACAGCAAAUUAUUGAUAAAAUAAAAGUUCAUGUGUCCUUCUUGUAAAAUAAAACUAUAACGUUAAUCCAAAGGACUAACAAAGAUUCCUGUACUCCUCAAAGAUAAGAAAAGUCCUUCCUUUGUCACUUUAAAGGAAGGCGGACGCUUCUCAAAAAUAACAUCUUUGAUAUCUUUUGUACAAUGAACUGUACCGUAUAUAUACAGUACAUGUAACCAGCUUUUUAUAAUACACCUUUUUUCAUAAUGCUUACUGCAA